UAAGCGUCCAGCUUAUCCUCGCAUUAGGGUUUGGGGCUCUGCUUUAUAUUCCAUCUCUUACUAGUUCAUAACCCGCCGAAAGCUCACACAGAGCGCCUCAUCUCUACUCAGCGCUCUCUCGUUCUCUCCCCUUGUCUGCCUUUUCAGGAGCACAUCCUCCAAUUCAAUUUUGUUGAGCUUUGACUUCAAAGAUCUCUCAAAAUGGUGAAGUUCACAGCUGAAGAGCUCCGUGCUAUCAUGGACAAGAAGCAUAAUAUUCGUAAUAUGUCUGUUAUUGCUCAUGUUGACCACGGAAAGUCCACACUUACUGAUUCUCUUGUGGCUGCUGCGGGUAUCAUUGCCCAAGAAGUUGCUGGUGAUGUUAGAAUGACAGAUACCCGUGCAGAUGAAGCUGAACGCGGCAUUACAAUCAAGUCCACUGGAAUUUCUCUGUACUAUGAGAUGUCAGAUUUAGAAUUGAAGAAUUUCAAGGGAGAGCGUGAUGGGAAUGAGUAUCUCAUCAACCUUAUUGACUCACCUGGACAUGUUGACUUCUCAUCAGAAGUGACAGCUGCUCUUCGUAUUACUGAUGGAGCCCUUGUGGUGGUUGACUGCAUUGAAGGGGUUUGUGUCCAGACUGAGACUGUACUUCGUCAAGCAUUGGGUGAAAGGAUUCGCCCUGUCUUGACUGUUAACAAGAUGGACAGGUGCUUCCUUGAGCUCCAAGUUGAUGGAGAAGAAGCUUACCAGACAUUCUCAAGGGUGAUUGAGAAUGCUAAUGUUAUCAUGGCUACAUACGAGGACCCACUCCUUGGUGAUGUCCAGGUUUACCCAGAGAAAGGUACAGUGGCUUUCUCUGCAGGAUUACAUGGCUGGGCAUUCACACUGACUAACUUUGCCAGGAUGUAUGCAUCCAAGUUUGGUGUUGAUGAAUCAAAGAUGAUGGAAAGGCUUUGGGGUGAGAACUUCUUUGACCCUGCUACAAAGAAGUGGACCAGCAAGCACUCUGGGUCUGCCACAUGUAAGCGUGGGUUUGUGCAGUUCUGUUAUGAACCCAUAAAGCAGAUCAUUGCCACAUGUAUGAAUGAUCAGAAAGAUAAGCUGUGGCCGAUGUUGCAGAAACUUGGUGUGACUAUGAAAUCUGAAGAGAAGGAAUUGAUGGGCAAGGCACUAAUGAAACGUGUAAUGCAGACAUGGUUGCCAGCAAAUAAUGCACUUCUUGAAAUGAUGAUAUAUCACCUCCCGUCACCUGCCACGGCUCAGAGAUACCGUGUUGAGAACUUGUACGAGGGGCCUCUUGAUGAUCAAUAUGCCAAUGCUAUUAGAAACUGUGAUCCAGAGGGACCUCUCAUGCUUUAUGUGUCCAAGAUGAUUCCAGCAUCUGACAAAGGUAGAUUUUAUGCCUUUGGUCGUGUUUUUGCUGGUAAAGUGGCUACUGGAGUGAAGGUCAGGAUCAUGGGUCCUAACUAUAUACCAGGAGAGAAAAAGGACUUGUACGUCAAGAAUGUCCAGAGAACGGUUAUUUGGAUGGGUAAGAAACAGGAAACUGUUGAGGAUGUUCCUUGCGGAAACACAGUGGCUAUGGUUGGUCUUGAUCAAUUUAUUACGAAGAAUGCAACUUUGACCAAUGAAAAAGAGGUGGAUGCCCAUCCUAUCAAAGCCAUGAAAUUCUCUGUGUCACCUGUUGUGCGAGUUGCUGUUCAAUGCAAGGUUGCAUCUGACCUUCCCAAGCUUGUUGAAGGUUUGAAGCGUCUGGCCAAAUCUGACCCUAUGGUUGUCUGUUCUAUUGAGGAAUCUGGGGAGCACAUUAUUGCCGGUGCUGGUGAGCUUCAUCUUGAGAUCUGUUUGAAGGACUUGCAGGAUGAUUUCAUGGGUGGUGCUGAAAUCAUUACAUCUGAUCCUGUUGUCUCCUUCCGUGAGACUGUCCUUGAGAAGUCGUGCCGUACUGUGAUGAGCAAAUCUCCCAACAAGCACAACCGUCUGUAUAUGGAAGCUAGGCCAAUGGAGGAAGGGCUUGCUGAGGCAAUUGAUGAUGGUCGUAUUGGACCAAGGGAUGACCCAAAAGUACGUUCGAAGAUUCUGUCUGAAGAAUUUGGUUGGGAUAAAGAUCUUGCUAAGAAAAUUUGGUGCUUUGGUCCUGAGACAACUGGGCCAAACAUGGUUGUUGAUAUGUGUAAGGGAGUUCAGUACCUGAAUGAAAUUAAGGAUUCUGUUGUGGCUGGGUUCCAGUGGGCUUCGAAGGAAGGUGCGUUGGCUGAAGAAAACAUGAGAGGUAUCUGCUUUGAAGUUUGUGAUGUUGUACUCCAUGCUGAUGCCAUCCACAGAGGUGGUGGUCAGGUGAUUCCUACAGCCAGGAGGGUUAUCUAUGCAUCCCAGAUUACUGCCAAGCCCCGUCUUUUGGAACCUGUGUACUUGGUUGAGAUUCAAGCACCAGAGCAAGCUCUUGGUGGUAUCUAUUCUGUUUUGAAUCAGAAACGUGGUCACGUGUUUGAGGAGUUUCAGAGGCCUGGUACCCCUCUUUAUAACAUUAAGGCAUACCUUCCUGUCAUUGAGUCAUUUGGGUUCUCUGGUACUCUGAGGGCUGCCACUUCAGGGCAAGCUUUCCCACAGUGCGUGUUUGAUCAUUGGGAUAUGAUGACUUCUGACCCAUUGGAGGCGGGAUCACAGGCUUCCAACCUAGUGACUGUAAUCCGAAAGAGAAAAGGUCUCAAGGAGCAGAUGACCCCACUGUCUGAGUUUGAGGACAAGCUGUAAGGCAAGAAAUUUCUGUUAUACCAGGAUGAGCUAUAAUUUUGAUCCGUCAUAUGGGGUGAUUCUAGUGUUAUGUUGUGUGUUAAAUUAUGUUUCGGCUUCAGAUGGCCUACUUCAGAUAUUGUUGUUUGAGAACAUUUUGUUAUUUCUACUUUAGACUUUGUUUGAGAACAUUUUCAUAUUUUUAUUUCAGAACAAAUUUUAUCUCAGAAUAA